GUGAGCUAUGUCAGUGGGACAAGCAGGCCACAUUUGUUGAAGGAUUCCUGUAGUUAUCUGUUGUAAUCCUCCUUCUUGUUUAUGCCUUCGAAAGCAUCAUCUAGCAGAGGAGGACUUCAGAUGAUGUAAGUGCAGAAAAGCUGGUAUGAAAAAAGGAGAGGUGAACUCAUCUGUGAAGACUGUUGAGUGGUCAGAACUCAAAGUGGUGGAAAAGGCCCAUAUUGAUGGAUACCGUCCCAUGAACCCCUGCCCGGUGUAUGACAAGAACAAGGAUGAGCACAAGAGCAAACUUUUCCUGUUUUUCAUCUGUGUUGAAGACAGUGUCACUGAGCUGUGGCAGAAAAAAUUGUACAGUAACAAGACCCGUCUCUGCUACAUUACAAGCAAGGAUUUUGGAGAAACCUGGAGCGGUGUGACUGAUUUGACUGACAAACUGACUGAAAUAAAAGACUGGGCCACAUUUGCUGUUGGGCCAGGCCAUGGUAUUCAGACAGAGGACGGCAGAUUGAUUAUCCCAGUUAAUGCUCAUUCUUCUUGCUGCAGAACUUAUUUCUUGUGUUGCUGUCUUAAAUCAUAUGCACUCUCCCUCUAUAGUUUUAAUCAUGGUGAUAGUUGGAAACUUGGAAAAAUGUUUGAAACAAAAUCAAACGAAUGUCAAAUGGCUGAGAUUUCUAAAAAUCAUAUCUAUUGCAAUGCUCGUAGUAUGAGCGGCUGUCGAGUGGAAACUUUCAGCGAUGAUAAUGGCGAUAAAUUUGGCCAAGAUAAAUCUGCUAAGAAGCUUGUGGAAACAAGCUCAGGCUGUCAGGGCAGUGUGAUCUCCUUUCCAGCUAAGAAUGGAAGUCAUCAAAGCUCAGAAAAGUGGCUGCUGUUCACACACCCAACCAGCAAAUCAAGCAGGAUUGAUCUAGGCGUGUAUCUGAACAAAUCUCCACGUGAUCCAAGGGCAUGGAGCGAACCCUGGGUUAUUAAUAAAGGACCCAGUGGUUACUCAGACCUGGCCUACAUUGAUGAUGGUUGGUUUGCAUGUUUGUUUGAAUGUGGAAAGCAAGACAUACAUGAGCAGAUAGUCUUUGUGACUUUUACUGAAGAUGUCAUCAAGAAGAACAUUCCAGGUUAAACAUGCAUUGCCUUCACAAAAUUUCUUUCUCAGUAGCUCACAAAGUUUGGCUUCUCAAUAUGAGACAUCAA